AUGGAGCUCUCUGGUCAGCGGCAGUGGACGGUUGACCCCGACCUCGGAGUGCUGGAUGUGGACCCCGACGAGGCGCUGCCGUCGAUGCCGCUAAAGAAGGUCCCUGCCGGCGACAUCUACGAGGCGGCUCGGGCGGGGGACGUUGACCGACUGUCGUACCUGAUCGAGUCCGGAGUCAACGUCAACGCGCGGGACAGAUGGGACUCUGUGCCGCUCUACUACGCCUGCCUGGCGGGGCACGCGGAGGCGGCGCGGAUGCUCCUCCGUGCCGGAGCGAUUUGCUCUGAGCGUACGUUUGACGGCGAUCGGUGUCACUACGCAGCACUCAAUCUCCGGAUCCGACGACUUCUCAAGGCCUUCGAGACGCGGCCGCCGCCGAUGGGACCGCUGCAGGCGGCUCUGAGGGACACUUUCCUUGGGUGCCGGGCUAAUAGAGCCUACCUGGAGCUGUGUGACGAGGCAGGGAUGGCAGGUCUGGCUGCACAAAGUUCAGAUGUAAAAAUCUGGUUUAUUCCCUUCCUAGUUGUAUUCUACUUUCGCGCUUGUUUAUUACUCACAGUUACUUGUCUCUAACACGAUUGCAAUACAUUUUGCUGGACUGUGAGUGAGGGAGAUCGUCGAAUUGAUCCCUUUACCAGAGUUGAACUCUCUCGGCCCCGGUGAAUCGUAAAAUUGGAGAAGAGUCGAAUCCGAAAUUUCCCCAGAAAUCUGCUUGCAUUGAUUGUCAGGCUUUAUAUCUGUCAUAUUGUAGGUUUAUAACUAAAGUUGUCUUCAAUAAAUCGGCUACUUAAAUGGUGCAUGCUUUCACCUGAUGAAUUCGUACGAAGAAAAACCCACCUUGCCUUGUAAGAGGAUGGGCUGAAUUUCAUCGAAUUCUAUGUAAGACACAAGGAGUGAUCUAUCUCAGUUCCAUAAAAGUAUGAUAAAAUAUUGCAACGUUUUUUAGAGGCUAUUCUGAGUUACAUCAUGAAUAAGGAUUGUAUUGUUUUACCGUUGGGUUUUGGCUCCAUGUUAUCCUGUUCUCACAUUCAAAAUUUCUUAAGGCAUUGUGUGGCUUUGGUGUUGAUCUUAUAAUACUUGUGAAACGAUCCUUAGCUGGAUAAUCCAACCCUAAAGAUUCCUCCAAUUGAGUUCAAAUUUCUGUAGCAAUAUAUUCCAAGUUGGAGGUAGGCCUGUAGCUUUAGUACCUGUACAUCAGGUAAAUUUCAAUGAAACAACUUCUUUGGACAUGUGCAUGAAAUAGAUUUCCCAAUACUCUCCAAUCAACACUCUAUGGCAAUGUGUCAUCCUCAUUACUUGUACUUGUCAACCUGUGACUGGUUGGAUUGCUUGUGGACAACUUUUCAAUACUGACCUAUCAAAAAUCUUGGUGAUGCUAUCAUGUGAACCAAGUAGAAUUUUUAAGGUGAUAGGCAGUGGGAUUGAAAAAUAUCAUAUCAACCAAACAACUUAAUAUCGUACAACUAGGGAGUAAAAAUGGUCCGGGGGAUCUUUCAACUACAAUUCAUAUUCAAAGGAAGGAAGAUGCCCAAAGCACCUUAAAAUUGGCAAAUAAAAAAAUGAACCCGAAACCUUCUGACCUCCUACAAAUCAACUAAUUAUAGACAAUUCCUUCUGCAUUGGAAAAAUUAACUAAAAAAUAUGAGGAAAGACAUGGAGAAGAGGGUUCAUCUCACUCUGGAGACUACUCAUACUUGUUUAAUAUAAAUAAUGAUGCUGAUUAAGAUGAUGGCUGAAUAAGAUUGUGUUUAUUAAUAAAUUAAAAUUAUUAUUGUGCAGAUAAUCAUCUUCAUUGAUAUAGAGAAAAAUAUUUUGCCACUGGGAGGUUUGCUAUAUUUUGCUCAACCCAAGAUUUCGUAAAUGUGAUAUCUUGCUGCAGAGUUUAUAUAAGUAUGCAUCUUGAGACUACAGAAAAAACUUACAGGAGAUUGACUUCAUAAACAUCAAAUUAAUAAGUUAUGUUGUUGUUCUUUUGGAAUCCGUCUAUAAGGAAAAUGUCAACUUCGUUCUUUCUAUCUCUCACUUCUGUGUAUGUAUCUGAUCUAUACCUCUUCUAAUCUUAUAUAUCUCCAUUCUUCUGUUCGUUUAUUUUGAUUCUGAAGAAAUUUUCUGAAUGUUUUUUAGUUAAACCAUCGAAUAAUUUGUUCUGAUAACCACUAAUAUGGGCAGGUUACCAUGCAUCAGAUGAUAGAUCUGAUGGCUCGUUUCCUCCAGACGUGACGUUCUUCGUUGGUGGUAGACCACUCGAAGCUCAUCGACUAAUUUUGAGUUCUAGAUCACCAUUUUUUAAGAGAAAAUUUGAGACAGAUUGGAAAGACCGUAAUGAAGUAAGAUUCGCAGCAGGAAAGUUGUCAUACCCUGCCUUCUUCAGUCUUGUCCACUUCUUUUAUUCUGAUAGACUUGACAUCGCAGUUGAUGACAUGGAUGAUCUUGUACGCGUGUGCAAAGCUUGCAAGUGUGAGGAAUUGCAGAAGGUCAUCGAGGCUGAACUGAGGCACCAAAAGAACGCAGAUUAUAAAGCAUUGAAAGAAGUAGACAAUUCUCAGAAAAGGUUCAUACUACAGGGAUCAUCCCUCCCUGAGCAGGACAGGCUACCUUCUGCCAUGUACCGUGCACUACAAGUCUCCCUUGCAAACUCAGAUACAGAAAACAUGAACACGCAGUUUCAUGAGGACCUUGCAGAUAUAUGCGUGAAAGUAGACAAAGAGAUCUUCCGAUGUCAUCAAGUCAUCUUAGCCUCUAGGUCAGAGUAUUUUAAAGCAAGAUUAUCACGCAUGACAGGAUUUCUUGAGGGUAAAGGAGAAUUAUCUCUCAUGACUCUACCAUUUCUCGAAGAGCAUGGUCUCAGCACUGAGGCAUUCGAAAAGGUUAUAGAAUAUAUGUGAGUCUCAACUUACUAUUGUCUCAUAUUUCUUGUUAUAGUAUUCCUAUUAAACAUUUUUAUCAAAUAUUUAGGUACACCGAUGCUCUGAAGGAGGUAGACCCAGAUCAGGUUCUAAGCAUGCACAAAGCUGUGGCACUCUGUUUUCUUCGUCCAAUAUUCAUCAGUGUGCUUAUAGUUUGAUCUCUUCUUGAUCAGGCUGAAGAACUGUUUGAUGCUGCUUCAAGGUACCUUCUGUUUCCACUUAAGCGUGCUGUGGCUGAUGUGCUAUUGCCACAUUUAGAGCUGGCUUCACCCGCAGAACUGUGCCACUGGCUUAUAUUAUCAGACAUGUAUGGUAUCCAUUGACUUUUUCUAGUAUUUAAUUUAUGCCUACCGUCGACUGUCUCUCUAUUCAAUUUUAUUUGUUGUGUAUGAUUCCCUUAGUUUUUUUUUUUUCAAGGUAUAUCUUUGCUUUCAUAUCUUCUACGGACAUUUGAUAUUUAUAAUUUUUUAAAAAUAUUUCGCAGUCAUAACCCCAUGAAAACGAUGGAUAAAAACAAGGGUUUGACUGGCUUUCUCACAAUCACCCUCGUGGCACCCUCCACACCCCAUUUAGCUAUGGAGUUCCUGCAUUACCCUAACGUAGUCCAACGUCAUCCUCAGGUACGGGGUCUUGAAGAUGAGGGAGUACUGUCUGGACACCAUCGCCUGCAACUUUGAGACCUUCGCUGACACCCGGGCAUUCAGGGCGCUCCUCCUUACCCUCCCGCCGCCAUCGGGGGACUCCUCCCUGCGAACCACACUCCCCAGUGCCCCUGGCUCGGCGGUCAACUCUGGCGAGGGGAACAUCCUCGACGACCUGCGCGAGAAAUGGUUGGAGGCUGAGGCCGCCGACCUCGACCAGCGGGACGAGAGCGCCGCCCUGUUUGACCGGCGGCUGGCGGCGCUCCUCCUCAUGGCCGAUCAGGAAGCUCAAGAAGCCCCAGAUGAUGAUUAUGAUGACUGA